UCAGCUGUGGCCAAAAGCUGAAAGCCAAAUUAAUACCAAGCUAUUUACUACACUUGUUUCAGAAUCAUACUUGUGCAUAGAGCAUUUACAAUAGACAUUAUACGUGCACCUCUCAAGAGGUCUGUUAGACAGGAGUGGAUUGGAGGUAGAGUGGAGAGGCAGAAACUGCCACAAAAGCCACUAUAUGUACUUGUGAAAGCAUUUGUGAUCAUAUGCACACCAUCUGCAUUUGAAUAAGUUGUUUCACUUGUAUUUUUCCCACUUAAAUAAAGUCGGGUGAUAACUUGUCAUGCUUUCCCAUGCCUGAACUGGAACAGAAGCAUUUUUCCAAGGUAAUUAAUAUGGACCUCAUUUUUGUAACAGUGACAACUUAUUCAGGUAGAUGGUGAAUGUGGGUGCAUUCUUCUGUCUGUAGUAUAAGUGCCAAAGUUCCCAUUAGUGGGUCUGAGAACAUUAUCGGCCCCUGUCUGCAGUGUUUAAGAGUCUCAGGUUCUCUUGAACAUCUUUUCUCAUAGCUCCCUUAGGACUGAAUUCAGCAGCUAUUAUUCAUGCGUAACUCCCCCUGACCCCAGGGAAUUCCUUUCUCAGGGUCUCACCAUUGACAGUUUUCUAUUUUUGUUCUGCUGCCAGGUUUGUCCCAGGCUCACUGGGGUGGUUCAUUUUGCCUGAAAUCUGAUAAAGAAGAAGUUAAACGUCGUUUGACCACAAGAUUAUGUUUAGGGUAGCUGGGCUUGUAAAUACCCUGCAUUUCUUUCCUGUACAAGACUGUGACUCUUAAACCACUAUGUGAUUAGGUUUGUUUCCCUUUAACAGGUUCAGUACCUCAGGAGAACGAGAACAUACCUGGCUGUGGAGUGUUACCAGAGUUCAUUUGUUCAUUUUUAGCUAUUUGCUUUAGGAAUUAGCAUGGUUUCACUGUUCAGUAUCCCUGGCCAGAGUCCUUCGAAAAACCCUCUGCCAUCCUUCCGAAUGGCAUCCAGAGUUUUUAUCCUCACAAAUUUGCCUGCUAUUUCUUUCUGUCGUUACUGUUUAUAGUGGUCCCAGGAAUUCAGAUGUUGUACAACAGAGAACUUAUACCCUGAGGAUUAGAUGUUCCCUGCCAACACUUGUUUGCUAUAGGAGUUAUAUCACAGCUCCCGAACAUUUGCCCUCUGGAGGAGACGUGUGUUGUUGCAAUUUUCAAGGUGCAGAACUGGGAGAGAGUCUCUGCCCACAGCCUCCGGGCAGCGUUACUGUGAUGACAAGCUCCGUGUGAGGUUAUCAGCGCACUUCCCAAGUGGCAGCAUCUUCAUAACGUAUAAAUAUUUUUAGACAGUGGACAGCAGGACAGUGGCUCAUGGGUGGUGCUCAGCAUGGCGGGGACUCCAGGGCGCCCCAUCUUCCUCCUCCUCCUCUGGGCUGUCGGGCAGGUGAGUCCCUCCAGCGCCCACUGGAAGCCCACUUGGCCGGCCUACCGCCUCCCCGUGGUCCUGCCCCAGUCCACCUUCAACCUGGCCAAGCCAGACUUCGGGGCCGAAGCCAAGCUGGAAGUGUCCUCUGCGUGUGGACCCCAGUGUCAUAAGGGAACGCCGCUGCCCACUUACGAAGAAGCCAAGCAGUACCUGUCCUACGAGACCCUCUAUGCCAACGGCAGCCGCACCGAGACGCAGGUGGGCAUCUACGUCCUCAGAAACGGCGAGGGGCAGUCUUCCGGGAAGUCUCGGAGGAAGCGGCAGAUCUACGGCUACGACAGCAGGUUCAGCAUCUUUGGGAAGGACUUCCUGCUCAACUACCCCUUCUCGACCUCCGUGAAGCUGUCCACGGGCUGCACGGGCACGCUGGUGGCCGAGAAGCACGUGCUCACAGCCGCCCACUGCAUCCACGACGGCAAGACCUACGUGAAAGGAACCCAGAAGCUCCGGGUGGGCUUCCUGAAGCCCAAGUUUAAAGACGGUGGUCGAGGGGCUAACGACUCUCACUCAGCCCUACCCGAGAAGAUGAAAUUCCAGUGGAUCCGGGUGAAACGCACCCACGUCCCCAAGGGUUGGAUCAAGGGCAACGCCAAUGACAUCGGCAUGGAUUAUGACUACGCCCUCCUGGAGCUCAAAAAGCCCCACAAGAGAAAGUUCAUGAAGAUUGGGGUGAGCCCGCCUGCCAAGCAGCUGCCGGGGGGCAGGAUCCACUUCUCGGGUUACGACAACGACCGACCCGGCAACCUGGUGUACCGCUUCUGUGAUGUCCAGGACGAGACCUACGACCUGCUCUACCAGCAGUGUGAUGCCCAGCCCGGCGCCAGCGGGUCCGGGGUCUACGUGAGAAUGUGGAAGAGACAGCAGCAGAAGUGGGAGCGGAAAAUCAUCGGCAUCUUUUCUGGGCACCAGUGGGUAGACGUGAAUGGUUCGCCACAGGAUUUCAACGUGGCCGUUAGAAUCACCCCUCUCAAAUAUGCCCAGAUUUGCUACUGGAUUAAAGGAAACUACCUGGAUUGUAGGGAGGGGUGACGUGGGCAGGUUCCUUCCUGGCUGCUCUUAAGAGUCUUCAUGUACUUAUUUUAGGAAAGGCCAAAUGUUGUCCUUGGUAUGUGUAUGUGUGUGUGUGUGUGUGUGUGUGUGUGUGUGAGUGUGUGUGCGUGUGAAAUGUGUUAUAAUACCUUUUACCUAAUUUUUUAAAAUUACAGGAUGACUGGUGGUGUUAUUUGAAGACUGGUUGGCGUGUCAUAUAUCAUUCAAGCAGUUUGAAGGCAUACUUUUGCAUAGACGUGAAAUACAUGCUGAUGUUUGGGGCAAUAGGGAAGAUUUAAUGGUUAAGUUAAGCUUUCACUUUUUGAGAACUUUGAUUUUUAUUUCAUCUGAACUUGUUUUCGAAAGUUGAUAUUAAAUAUGUGGCAGAUGGGAGACAUAAACUCUGA